GGGUACGACCUCGCGUGGCUGGUGGCGGUGGGACAAUGGAAGCGAGCUCUGAAGGGACCAGAUUGGAGGAAGAUGAGCUGGAGGAGGUGUUUCACGAUGCCAUUGCACGGUGUGCUGCCUUUGCCAUCCCGCCGACUGAGAUCGAGAAGCUCGAGCUGUACGGUCUGCUGCAGCAGGCCUUCUUCGGCGACGCUCUGCUCGCCGACAAGCCGCACUCGCUCUCGACCGAGUUUGGGCCCAAGGCCAAGUUCCAGGCGCACUACGCCAACCGAGGCAAGACGCCCGAGGUUGCCAUGACUGAGUAUGUGCUGUAUGUCGAGCGGUUGGCCAAGCACUGCGAGAAGAAGGCCGGCAACGACAUCGCCUCCCGCAGAGCCUCGCUCUCGCACAGGUCCUCGCCCAGGCGCAAGACCUCGCUCUCGCGCCUCAACUCGCAGCACUCAUCUGGCCGGCGCUCGUCCAAGGGCUCGCUCCGCUCCUCGCUCCGCCGCAUGCACGUUCUGCACGGCUCCAUGAACAUGGACAACGAUAGCCUCGCCCAGAUCAUCAAGCCGAUUUCGUCGUCGACCUCACUCGGCAAGUCGACGUCCAAGAACUUGUCGAGCACCACCUUGGGCUCGCUCAACGGUCAUGUCGCGGCUAGCAGUGGUAGACAAAGCUAUCGCACGCUGCAGAAGGAAGAAACCGGUGGCGAGGAUGGCUUGGGCGAGCCGGUUCUCCGGCCGUCGCCGCUCUCUGACCCGCAGAUCUGGAAGGGCUGAGAGCCCUGUGUAGGUGGUGGCCGACUGACGGAGCGUUUGCACUGGCUUGGCUACAACUUGGCGCUCGACCGGGACCGGCUAAGACUGCUGCCGACACGGAACUCGUCGAUCGAGUACUUGACCAUCGAAAAGAGUGAGAAGAAGAACUCCAUGUUGGUGUUGAGCAGACAGAACGAGCCUGCAAGCCGGCGACGCGCCUCACGGUCGUGCCGGACCCACUCCUGGAACUGCGUGCAGUUGGCGAUGGAGACAAGGUCCGACUUGGAGACCAAGGCGUCCGAGGCCUCGAAGAGCUGAAAGAGCGUGCAGAGGUCAUUGAUGAACGGAAGCACGUCUAGCGACUGCGCCUUGGACACGUCGGGCGCAAAGGUAAACUGCGCGUGCUCGACAAAUCCGUUCGGAUGUGACGAUUGUAGCAGGCCCGAC